AUGAAUAGUAGCAGCUUAGCUCAAAGGACAUUCCUCCAGCCACACUUCUGUCAUGCUGGUUUCAAAGGGCCAUCUUUAACUGGGGGAAACUGCCAACCAAGUCUAAACGACUCGCAGGAGUCCGACCGUGAAUGCCUGACACAGGAGAUAGAAUAUCAGCGUGAACUUCAAAAGCGGAUUUCCAACAAUGAAGAACUAUUAGGCCUGUCUGCUGAUGAGCUAGAGAAUGACAGCUUAGAAGAAGAUAGCUUGGAAGACACAAGUGUGAAUAAUCCAGAAUCAGCAAACCAUGGCAAAGUACUUUCAAGUGGGAAAGAAUAUGGAAAGCAAAAGAGCAAUAAUAACAAAAGCAAACAGCAAUCUGUGGACAGAUAUUGUCACCUAAGAUACAAUCCUAACUGGAAGAUGAUAAAAGAGGGAGGAGAAUUGUCUGAAGUGCAAAGAACAAGCCAAACGACAGAGAAAACUCCACAAUGCUCCUCUGGUGAUUUUUCUUACCUCCCUUCCAAAGGCAUCUUAGACAGGAUCUUGAAAGAAAAUAAUCAGCUGGUAGAAGAACCACAAAAUAUAUCACCUGAAUUUAAUGCAGAAUUAUUAAGCCCUGAUGAUCAAAUUGUUAGUGUCAGCAGAGAGCCUUUUAGAUUACAUACAGAAGGAAAAAAAACAGAAGAUUGUCAGCAAAAAACCAGUUCUGGUACAUACAGUGAUGUUUCCUUUCUUCAAUCUGGACAAGUUAAGCAACAGAAAGCAAAAAAAGACUUUGUGGAAAAAAAUAAACUUACUUUGGGACUGGCAGCAAACAUGCACAAUUCAUAUCUUCAACUACAUAGUAAAAAGCAAGGAGAAGUUCUUCAUGAGCAGGAUCACCUGGAUAAACGAAACCAGGCAGACAAAACCAAAGCAAAACAAAGAUUUAAGGAGAGAUUCUUCCCAAGAAAUGAUGUCCAGCACCCAUCAGGAAGACCAGCAGAGCCAAGAUCUCAGUGUCACAACCAUCGCGAUAUGUCAGAAUUUGCAACUGCUCCUACCAGUGCUCUCUCUUCUGAAGUGCUAGAACUUGAGCAAGAUGAGAUUAGUUCACUGCACAACUGGUUACAUGCAAGUCCCUUCCUUAGUCCAAUUAGUCCUUCCAUUAAGUCAAGUUCAAUAGCAAAUUGGGACACUCACUCAAAUACCAAACCAAGUACAAAUUUGCAAAACCAAAAUCAAAAGCAAAUCUCCAUGAACCUGAAUUCACCCAAGCAGCCCCUUGAACUAGCAUUGCAUAAACCGUCUCCUGGCUUAAAACCAUCUCCAGUGCACGUCAGAGAUGAGAACAAGGCAUACCAGCAUGAUCCUGGAAACCCAUAUAAUCAGGAACAUAUAUACAAUGAUUUCAUUUUAGAGCCUCUUCCAAGCAAUGGCUGUACCAAUGGUCAAACACACCUACAAAGCAUUUCAUCUGCUUACAAUGCUAAUCUUCAAGAACCUGAUCAUGUUUCACAGCAGAGCCACAGAAAGCAAAUGCAUGCAGACAAGAGCCAUCACAAAUAUGCCAGCAGUAGCUUUUGGCCAUCCCAGUCAUCUGCUCAUAAUCCACUGGCAAGCUCUUCUCCCACCACACAAUUUAUCCAGACCAUGGAGAGACCACUGGCAGAUGCUCACCUUGCUGGAAAGCGACUGCCUGGCAUGUUUCCAGCCAUAAUCCCAAGGGUAGAAAGUGACUCAGAGCUAAAUGCAGAGAGGAGUGAAGGCAGCCAAGUGAAAAUGAGUCGCAGCAAUUCUGAAGGGUAUCUGGUACAAUUGGAAAAGCAAAAACAUCUGAAAGAAAAAGCAGUCAGGCAGCUUUCCAAGCCAACGGGCUUCAUGAAUCUAGAUGUGAAGCUUGGAGGCCUUGGACCUGACUAUGUAACAGCCAAAGAGAAAAAAGAAAAGCUAAAGCAACAAAAGGAAUAUGCACAGCUCGUGAAGGAACGCAACAUGAAGAAUAUUGUUACUGUGCAGAAACCACCAACACCAAAGAUCAGAUCCUUGGCAUCAAGACAUAAGGCACUGGAAUACGCUAAGAAGAUUCCUAAACCAAAACCUCUGUCAGCCAGGCAAGCAGACGAGGAACUGAAAGAGGAAAGAAUUCCAGCACAGACUUUAAGGGGACACAGUUUACCUCAAAUUUCUUCCCUGGAAACUCUGCAACACAGGCAUGAGAAAGAGAAGGAAGUUGUGGCUGCUUUCAAAACCCUUCACAUUUUAUAAUGAGUUUUGAAUACUUAGUGUACAGGGUAGAAACUAUUUAAAUUGUUUAAGUUGUGCAUUAAAUUACUUCCCUGUUCCCCAGACAGUGUUUCAGGGCUGUGCUGUUUAAUUAUGAGAUUCUACUAUUGCAAAAUUGAUUUCAGGGCACAAAAUACCUUCAGAUUAAUCACUCUUCAUUUAGACCAAGUUUAUUAUAGCCAAAUUGCAUUUUUGUUUAUUUUAAAACACCAA